AUGAAAAAAGGCGAAUCGGCCCAAUCUCUGUCGGUGGUUUAUGGUGUGGGAAAGUCAACGAUAUCGGACAUUAAAAAACAGUGCAGCGCGAUUUUGACGUUCGCGAGCAAACUUGACUGUGAUGCAGGAUGUUCGAAGCGCAAGACCAUGAAAAGAUCCGCCAACGAAUGUUUGGAUGAGGCUCUUUUCACAUGGUUUUCCCAAAAACGAAAAAAAAAAAAACCUAUCAACGGCCCCUUGGUGUGUGAGAAAGCUUUAGACUUCAAGAAAAAAUUAGGGGGUGAUCCUAAAUUCUCUGCAACUCAAGGAUGGCUAGAUAAAUUUAAAUCUCGACACGGCAUUCGCCAGCUUGAUAUUCAAGGUGAAAAACUCAGUGCUGACUCUUCAUCUGCCUCUGGAUUUGUGACAAGAUUUUCAGAAAUUUUAAGAGAGGAUGGUUAUGAUUUGGAGCUUGUUUAUAAUGCAGAUGAAAGUGGUUUAUGUUGGAAAAGCUUACCCUCUAAAACUCCGGCAUCCAAGAGGGAAGUGUCAGCCCCUGGAUAUAAAUCAAGCAAAGAUCGGGUCACCGUAAUGGUUUGUGCAAAUGCUACUGGUAGCCAUAGAAUUCCCAUGCUUUUUAUAGGAAAAUCCAAAAAUCCAAGAGCCUUCAAAAACGCGAAGAUACCUCUCGUUUACAAAAACCAAUCCAGGGCAUGGAUGGACCGGAAAAUAUUUGUAGACUGGUAUGACAACACCUUCAUACCCGAAGUUAAAAAGUUUCUUGAGCAAGUGGGUAAGCAAUCAAAGCCUGUUUUAUUGGUUUUGGACAAUGCGCCUUCGCAUCCAGAUGCUGAGAGUUUGACAAGAGACGGUUUCAAAGUCAUCUAUAUACCUCCUAAUGUGACAUCAAUCCUUCAGCCAAUGGAUCAAAGUGUCAUUGAGACUAUGAAAAGGAAUUACCGGAAGCAACUUUUACGCCGACUUUUGCUCAAAGACGAUGAAAAAGAAAAGGCUGACAGUGUUAUCGCGUUCUUCAAGUCAAUUAAUCUGAAGGAUGGUUGCUACAUGGUUGUUGAGGCCUGGAAUUUAGUUUCUCCAAGCACACUGAAAAAGGCAUGGAAUAAGUUGUUGAAAAAAUACUACGAUGAUCUCAAUGAGCCUACUGUUGAUCUACUGCCCCUUAACGAAAGACAUGAAGAAACUGAACUUGUGACUGAAAUGCUUGACACACUUGAAUCCCUCAAAGUAAGAGAAGACUGUGACGAAGAAGACGUGCUGAAGUGGUUAAAUUCUGACGCCGAUGACCAAGGAUUCCCCAUUGUGACUGAUGAAGAAAUUAUUGAGAGUGUUCUGUCAGACCCCAUUGUGGAUGACGAGGAAGAAAGCGUCGAUGACUGUGCUUUGGAACCUCCAACGGGACCCUCUCACGACGAAGCACUAAAAGCCGUUGAUGUUGUCUUUCAGUGGCUUGAAAGACAAGAGGAAGUAGAAGUGGUCCAGCUACUUCAACUUCAAAAGAUAAAGGAGUUGGCUUUGACAAAAAAAAAUAAACAAGAUGAAGCAGACGAAGAUUGGUGA